ACUUUCUAUAUAAGUGCCGAACCACUCCCUUUCCCGUCCCUUUAAGCUCAAGGAGGGGCAGGUGCUGUGUUCUUUUACAUCUCGCGCCUCUGCCCCUUGCCUGCAAAUUCGCCGGCUGCGGUUUCUCUUGCGCCUUUCGAACCUUCCUCCCUCGACCUUAGACACUCUCCCUCCCCCCUUUCUUUCUACGCAAGUGUAUAGGGUGUGUUUAGGUGUCCAAUCAAGUCAUUAUGAAGUUUGGCAAGCAAAUCCAGCGCAGGCAGCUCGACCUCCCCGAAUAUGCUGCCAGUUUUGUGAACUACAAGGCUUUAAAGAAGCUUAUCAAACAACUAAGCGCAACGCCGAGGAUCCUGGCCCAAAACAGUGCAGGUGUUUCCAAAGAUGUGCCCGAAGCACAGGCGGCCCUUCGCGCCAAUAAGGAGGUUUUCUUCUUUAGGCUGGAGCGCGAGAUAGAGAAAGUCAAUGCCUUCUAUUUGCAAAAGGAAGCAGAGUUUUCCUUGCGACUGAAAACACUUGUCGACAAGAAACGGGUAAUUCAGUCUCGGGCAGCAACCCGCUCCAAAGCACCGGCGAACUUCGUUGCCCUCUUUGAAGGGUUCCAGCAAUUUGAUGGAGACCUCAAUAAGUUACAGCAAUUCGUUGAGAUCAACGAGACGGCCAUGUCAAAAAUUCUUAAAAAGUGGGACAAAACUUCAAAGUCUCGCAUGAAGGAACUGUAUCUACACCGAGCCGUGGAGGUACAACCGUGUUUCAACCGUGAUGUUUUGCGUGACUUAUCGGACCGGGCCACGACCGCGCGCUUAGAACUUGAAGCAUGGGCGGAGGGUGAAAACAUCCAGUUUGAUACGACUCGGCCGGUUGACCGAGCCGUGGCUGUUCAGCCGUUCGGAUCCGAUGAGGAAGACCUUGACCUUCAAAUUUUGCAGUCUGCCACGACGGGCAAUUUGCAGACUUUGCGCGAAUGGACUGCGAAAUUGCAGGCUUCUCCUGACUCCCGGGAUCGCGCCACUCGCACGUUUCUCGCAGCUAUCAACGAAUUUUCUGACGAAGUGCUUACAGUUCUCCUUGAUAGUGGCCUUGUCGACAUGCACGCAGAAGACGACAUCAAUGAGCGCAACUGUUUACACGAAGCGGCUAUCUCCGGGCGAGAGUUUGUUUUCAGGGCGGGUCUGGCAGCAGAAAUCGAUAUCUCUAGAUCUGAUGUGUACGGCAGAAUACCUUUGCAUUACGCCUGUAUGCACGGCCGUGUCGAAAUGGCCCGUGAGCUGCUCGCGGCGGGUCCUCAUACCGUCGACAUGAUGGACCAUGACAAUUUCACCCCGCUCAUCCAUAGCAUCGUGAAGAAUCAUCUGGCCUGUGCUGAACAGCUAUUGUGCAGUAAUGCCCGGAUAGACCCGGCUUCCGAAUCCGACCACAUUCCAUUGAAUUUGGCAUGCCAGCACGGGUCACUUCCGAUAGUGAAGAUGCUACUUGAGAGACAUGCCCAUUUGCUGCCAGAUGCGGAAGGCCUCUAUCCCCAACAUAUGGUGGCACGGGCUUCGCAAUCACCGGAGUUACUAUUGAUACUCAAGCAGCAUGGGGCGGACCUCAACCAGCGCGACAAGCUGUAUCAGUGGACGCCGCUCUUCCACGCUGCCAGUGAAGGCUGCGUUGGCUGCUUACGCACCCUCCUAGAGCUUGGUGUCGAUGCUGACGCGGUGGACGAGAAAGGUCUUGCGGCCAUGUACUAUGCAGCAUGGGAAGGACACUUGGAAUGCAUGCUCCUUCUUUGGUCCCGUCGAACCGACACCCAGUCGCAGCGUCAACCAUAUGGGGGUCUAGAUGGCUUCCAAUUUCACGAACGGGGCUUCACUGGGGAUUCGCACAUGGAUGACUCGGCGGCUCUUGACAGCAUGGAAACGGCUGACGGAAUCCCCGAUCUCUCUCUGCCACCACCCAUCAUACCUUUGAGACGGUACGGCCACAACUUCUUGGACAAGAAGGUUUUCGUUCAAAUUCUUUUCGACCCUGGUAGCUCGGGCUCCGUCUCAUUUGAUCAAGCUGGCCGCCACCCCGCUGCUCGAUUGACAAUCUCAUCGAAACUCUCUGAUUUGAUCCCGCGCACUAUCAUGCUGCCAAUACAGGAAGAUUCACGGUUGAUUUCAUUCCAAGUAGAUAAUUUGGAAACCUUCUCCGUUGAUUUUGAGAUAUUCCCGACAUUUGGUUCGAAAGUGAUUGCCAAAACUGUUGCCCUCCCUGCAGUCUUCCGGGCCGAGCAUUCUAGCAUGGGAUCGUGCUGCUUGCCACUCUUCGAUCCACGACUGCGGUCAAUCGGGCAGUUGCGUUUUGGAUUCCAGGUAAUCAAACCGUAUCAUGGCGAUCCGCUGGAGAUCACGCAUUUCGCCACGUACUGGAAGGCGACUAGUGCCAUCGACUCAGAACACAAUGGUCUAGUAACCGGGUCCAGUCUCUCGGGAGACCACAUCCAGCUUUUUGUACAGCUGACCAGGGAUAGAGUGCCCGUCCUUCAUCCUCGAUUCACGAUCGAUCACCACGGCAUUAGCGUUCCCAUCUGCCACUUGACCUACUCUCAAUUUCAGGCUGUUGGCGCCGAUGUAGGCCUCAACCGGUCGGAUACCCUGAAAUUUUUACAGGAUUGUGCCAUUGAUGAUCUGGCGCAAACCCACCGCCUACUAGCGGCCUCGUUCCUUUCUCUGCAAGAGGUGCUUCAGCAUUUACCCCUAGACAUCAAUGUCAAUCUCUCUAUUCUUUACCCCUCGGUGGCCGAGGGAGAGGCGUUGAACAUGACAUCGUUGCCGGAUGUCAAUACUUUCGCCGAUGCCAUUCUUACAGAGGUUUUCGACCAUGCCCGCAUUUCUCGGGAGCAGAACCCUGACUUCAUGCGCUCCGUUGUGUUUACUUCCUAUAACCCUAAUAUCUGUAUUGCUCUGAAUUGGAAGCAACCGAACUAUCCCGUCCUUCUUUGCAACGACUUGGGACAAAUUCGGGACUUGGCCCGUGAUGUUGGAUCAUUGCCAGACAUCGAUAGCAGUGGGCGUGCAUCAAUGUCUAUAAAGGAGUCGGCAAGAAUUGCACAGGGCAACAAUUUUAUGGGAUUGAUAUGCCGGUCAAGCCUCCUGAACGUUGUACCCGCUCUGGUUGAAACGAUCAAGGAGCUUGGCCUUGUGCUUGUAGCGGACACUUCCGACGAGGUUGAACCACCGGCGCCCAAGGAGGCUUCCACGAAUACUAUUGGGGUAGCUGACUGGGCCUAUCGAAUGCCCGAUGGAGUCAACGGGGUUAUGAAGGCCAAUGGCAUUCUCAGGUUUAACGAUAUGAUUGACAUAUGAUGCAGCCUGCGUGUGGUGAUAAUCGACUCCUUCUGACUACGUUGUCAUAUUGUCGAUCCUUGAUAUAACAUUGCUAGGCCAUGCCGACGUCCAUGGAAAAAAGCAAAAGCUGAUCGGAAAAGGACGGGAUUUCGCCGUCGUUGGUUGCAUUUUACUAGACCGAUAGCUGGCGGCUCUUGUUAUCUGCCAUUGAGCUGGUUCUACACCAGUGGAUUCGGCAACUCUUUCUUGGCCGCCCUUUUAUCCAAAGGUACGUUUGAGCAAUAUUGGGCUAGCGACGGAGAUAGAUGGGGAGUGGAGAUGGGCGCAUGGCU